AUGUUAAAUGGUACUUUCAAUCAGGUUAUAGGAGCCGAGUGCAUUCAUGANAGCAAUGGUGGCAGUCCACAUCCAGUUGGAGUACCCUGGGGAGAUUUCUCUGCCACUGGGAACUUUAAAUUCCCAAAUAUGCCACACAAGUAUUCUAGCAAUGGCAGAGUGAAGAAAAAGCCACCUGCUACGGAAGGAAUCGCGAAAUCUCCUGGUAGUGGUUCUCCUUCCCCCAUGCAGGAUGAUUUGUACUCACCUCAGCACCCUGGGUCCCCAUUUCCUGAUGCUUUUUUAAGCUCUACCUCUUGUACUUCUGCACCCCUGUCCCCGCCCUUGCUGGACUUGGGUGUAGACAUACAAGCGGAGCUUGAAAGAGAGGCUCCAGACCUAGACUUCGCACUUCUUGAUCCACAAGAUUUAACAUUAAAUGAUCUUCAUCUUGAACCACUGGAGAAUGUUAACGGCAGUGAUCUUUUGGCUAUGAAUCCACCAACUUAUGAAGAGGCCUUGUUGCUUGCUACAGGUUGUCUUUCACUUAGUGGUGACAACAACAGUCUGACAAGUCCCGAUGGAAGUCAGCCCUCAUUAUCUCAAAGCCCUCCAAAGAAUCUCGAACACUUUUCACCAACACCCCAAAUGGGCCCAUCACCUUAUCCAUCACCAGGACAUCCUACAUCGCAUAAUUCACCCAGUGGUUUACCAACUCCUGACCCAUCCCCUGUGGGGCAUUGUAAUCCAUCAACAGCCAGAGUCAACAUCUCCUGGCAGGGGAUGGGCCAGAUGAAAGUGUCCACUCAGCCUCUGCAACAUUGCCAGCCUCAACCAUCGCCACAAGUGCAUUCAAAGUCGGCACUUAUUUCUACAACAAUAAAAAAGAAAGAGAGGCUUGAGAUGUAUGGUUCAAGUUGUGUCACAGGUCAACCUGCUAACCCUAUGACAAGUCCCAGGGGAAUGCAAAAUGUUCAUGGAAACUGGAUGCAGCAGAAUCAACCACAAGUUCCCAGAAACAUGCCGCAACAAGCCUAUGACUGGAAAGCAGCACAAGCAAUGCAACACAGCGCAAUGCAGAAUUUUUCUGGGGACAGAACUGCCACAGCCAUGGCCCAGGAAAACCCUGUUUAUGCAACAAAUAUGCAAGGAGGAAAGUGGGACAAUGUAACGGUCCCUCCUCUCUUUGAGGACACUCUGCCAACUCUCGAUUUUGAUGGUGGUGUAGGAUACAUGAAAACAGGACAAAACAUUGGAGGAGGUCAUCUUCAACAUCACAACUGGGAGCCACCUGUGGACAUUUUAUCGCCACCUUACCAAGAGGACUUUCAUCCAGGAUUUGGAUUUCAAGGAAAUCCUCUCCCUGCUACAACAACGCAAGGUCAAACAACCCUUGGAUGGGGAUAAGAGAGGUGCAAGGUAGCAUUAAAGUAAAUACUGUCCAUAGAUUCAACAGCCAGGGUAGAGUUUCAGUCAAACCUACCAGUGGGCAUUAGGGCAGUAAAGCCUGCAUUGAUUUGAUCCCCAAGUUUUCACAGUUUGUAUUGACAGAAGGGCAAAUUGAACUGACUUCAGAGCUUUAGAGUUGACGAAGUAUGUUUCGUGGAUAGAUGCAUUCCAGAUUUUUAGGUGUUUUGUUCAUGGAAAACAACUUCUUAACACAAUGGCGAUGGCAUUAGAGUGUCAUCUUACCAAAUAUUUAAAGAGAAUGAGCAGUUUUGUACAUUUUCUCAGUAGGGUUAUAAGUAUGUUAAAUGGUACUUUCAAUCAGGUUAUAGGAGCCGAGUGCAUUCAUGGUAUCAGUUAUUUCAUUGGCUCAAAAUGUUAUACCCUGAAUGCCAAUUUAGCAGUUUUCAUCUGAAAACAACUAUUUUGCUUAAGUGUAUUUGUUGGUGUAGCUCGAUUUGAGGUACAACUUUUAGCCAAGUAACCAUAAUUACCCAUUUCAUUGCACUUGCAACAGUAGGAAAUCUUAGUCUGGUCAGUUCAAAUUUUAACGUGAAAAAUUUAAAAAUCUCUCAUAUAGUGAUAGAGUGAAAAGUAAGGAAAAGUUCAAAAAGGUAUGUGACUUAAGUUUCUAAAAUUGAUCGUUUUAAGAAAUGAGCCUCAUUGUAAGCUGUGUUCGUUAGUUUACCAAGUGAGCAUGUAAAGACCUUUCCCAGCAACUGGUUUUUGGUGUCACUGUUGAGAUUUGAGAGGCACAUUGCUCAAAUGGCAAGUGCAUUGGCUCUGGAUCCAGCUGUCCAAGUUCAAUUGCUUGCCUGGGUCAUUGUGUUGUGUUCUUGGGCAAGACGCUUUACUCUUGCAGUGCCUUUUUCCAACCUGGGAUGUGAGGUAGUCACAUUGGGGGAGGGGGCUAGGAAUUCUGUGGGGGGCAAAAGGGAAUCCUCUCCAGGGGGUAUAGAAAUUCCUUGGGGGCACUUGGUGGAACAAAAAACAAACUAAGCUCUAACAGUAUGUGCAAAGUGUGUACCUUUUUGCAAAGAUUUGAGACUUGAAAGCUCAGAGCUGGUUAUUGUACAACUCGAUUCAUGUGAUGUUCUUGUGAGGCUUUUUCUUAAUUUGAUCAAAUUUGAGGACUUUUGCCCUGUCCCCUUUGAAUAUCAGUCAGUGUUGUCUCUGCUUAGAAGAGUAUUGAUUGAAACUAUGAAAUAAAUCUGAGGAUUGUCUAAGAAGGAUAAUUAAGCAAAAAAGGAUGUACUUUAACCACGCUGAGUCUUUUUCCAGUCAUACUUCCAUAUGCGUCCCAUUUGCCUUGUACAUAGAUCAAGGGAAAUCAUUCAGUUUGUACAGUUUCUUUUUUUAUCCACAUUUGGUUCAGUCCUUUGUACUUAACCUAAGACUUCAUGCUUUUUUGCCAUAGACUUCAUGUUUUUUUGCCAUUUUUUAAAGUUUUCUCCUUAUGGAAGGAAACAAUUUUUUGUUUUUAAUCCAAAAGCGAUUGUGUUCCAUUUUUUUUUUCCGAAUCAAAAUUUACACUUUCAGCCCUGGCCUGCAUUCUCAACCAAAAUAAUUUAAUUUGUACAUCAAGGCAAUGUCAGUUAAGGUUGGUUGAAGGCAUCCUUUUUGCAACCUCAAUCCCAGGCAAAGGAGACAGCCUUGGAACGAGGUUGCCUUUUUUCCUUGAUUGUCCCUACAAACUGUGACGUAACAAGAAUUUAUUCAAACAUUAGGGGGGUAUUCCCGUGUACAUACUUUCAAUAGAUUGUCAAUAUGGUUUAGUCUAUUUGGUUUUUUUAUCUGAACGCAUUAUCUUAUUUAGAUGAAAAAACUAUCUGCAGCUAAAAGUAGUAAUCGAUGUGCGUAAAAUUAAAAGUAGACUGACUUAUAUUGGUAGGUGAAAAAAGCAAUGGACCAAGAAACCAAGCUCAAAAAAAAAAUGAAAUUCUAAAAUUAUGGAAUUAUUUGAAGUUGGCCAAUCAUAGGAGGUCUUUCACAUUCAAAGUCAAAAAAUUAAUUUAUUAAUUAAUGAUUUGAAGCAUCGCAAAGAAAUAUGGUUAGUCACAAUUGAACAAGAUUGCAACACUGUUUGAAUCGUAGAAUCAGAAUCACGGAAUCAAUUUUUUUUUUUUUUGCGCAAAAAAAUGUCUGGGUGUCGAUACAAGGACACAAACUCUCCAUACACGUUUGUGUGGUGCUUGUAAAGAGAAUUUAUUUGGUGGUCAUUUCUUGCUUCGAGUGUGACCGGUCUUUUUUCAAAGAGAAUACAGAACAUGUCUCUAAUAAGUGAAAAGUGUCAGACAAAAAAGUAUUGCAGAAGCAAGGGAAACAGUGUUAAGGCUGCAAAAUAGCUCCAAGAGCUUGGUUUUUGACUGAAAUUGUUAUCACCUGUCAGUAUAUUUUCAAAAUGGCUGUAAAAUGCGAUUUUAGUUUAGUGUGUUAGAAGUGGCCAGAGAUCAAACCAAGGCUAAAAAUGUAGAAAUUGUAAUGGAUUAUAGUAGUUUUAGAGUGCAGUACACGUAGGGUAGUUUGAUCAAGUGACGGGGUUUGUCAUUUGUCGCAAAUAAACUGUAGCAUCAUCC